ACGCUGCCAGUUAACUCAAAAAAAUUUUAACUUUCAUUCUCACAUUUUUAUUAUAUUUUCAAUCCGAGUAGUGCUCAAUACAAAAAAUGUCUUCCAAAGUUUCAACUUCGGCUGCGGCCAGCAAAACCGGAAAAUCAGACAAAGGCGAUAAGGCCGAGGCUAACAAAGCCGACAAAGAGGUCACAAUUAAAGAAGGCAAGGCAGAUAAGGCCACAAAAAAGAAAGAAAAGGAGAAGACCAGCAAAGUAGACAAAGCUAACAAGGAUACUGGUGAAAAGACUGACGACAGUGGCAAGGAGAAGAAAAGUCGCAAAGGCAAGAAAAAGAAAGGUUCCCGCCAUGGCAAGGUCACCAAGGACGGAUCUACAAUAUCGGCAAAGAAAUCCACCGAAAUCGGUCCAAAGACCGAAUCGGUAUACACCCUCGAUCCGAUACUCGUGAAAUUCUCAUCUCUGUCGUCUCGUCCUCAUGACGAAAUCGAUCCUGUGACCAAUGUGACCAUUUAUAAUUCCUAUGAAAUGGGACCGGCAUUUCGGCAGAAAUUCCCUGUACCUUAUAUACGCUACAUGAUGGAACGCGUGUUCUACGACAAGCUCAAUGGCAAAGCGUACAACAUAACUGAGGCUGCAAAGUGGGCCCGUGACAUUGUCGAUGAAAUCAAUCUACGCAUGAGAGGCUUUUGUGCGAAACCCCGCUAUAAGCAUGUUGUCACUGUCAUGAUUUUCCAGCAAACUGGUGCCGGCUGCUGCUAUGGAUCUAGCGCCGUUUGGGAUGAGCUGUCUGAUGAUUCUGUCUCCAUUCAGCAUUUGUGUUCGACCUUCAUAGCUUGUUGCACUGUUUUCGGUAUCUACAAAUAUUAGCAAGCAUAACCACAUAUUUUGAUAUUAUAUAUUUAGAAAAAAAAAACUAAAGAAUAAAUAAAGAGAAGCAUGA